GGCGGGUCCGGGGGUGCUGCACGCGCAGGUGGUCUCAGGGUGGUUGAGUGACAGGUGCAGUCGCAUGCGCGGUGGAAGUGAUGUACGGGCCGGACAGUGGAUGGGGAGCGAGUGUGAGUGACAGGCGCCGACCGGAUCAAGCCGGGUCAGCCAACACGUAAGGUGUCAAAGGAAAGAUCUCCGAUUUCCCAACCCUCUUCCCCCACCGCAACCUCAGAACAAAAAAAAAUCUAAUUCACCGAAAGCUUGUCAGAUACCCGUCGGCGAUCACAUCGGAUAUAACCGCUUUUCUCCCGGUUUGGAACAGAAUACAGUGUUUCUCCUUCGGGCUGACGUGUCAUUGUAGAGUAUGUGCUGAAAUAUUUGUUCUGGGGCAUUGAUCCACAACAUUCUGACUCACGUGAACCAAAGCUUUCACCUAAAUUCAUAGUUCUACUCUUGAAGUUGAUGCUUCAAAAUACCUGAUGUUUUGUAGAGAUAAUCAUUUUUUGGUGAAAUCAUGGAUGCAGUAGUCCACCUUAUUAAUGAUUCUCUGGAAUUCUAUCGAUGGAGCCUUACCAUUGCAGACAAGCGGGUGGAAAACUGGACUUUGAUGCAGUCACCCCUGCCUACAUUGGCAGUGAGCAGUCUUUACCUUUCCUUUGUGUGGCUGGGUCCAAAAUGGAUGAAGAACAGGGAGCCUUUUCAGCUACGUACUCUGCUUAUUUUCUACAACUUUGGAAUGGUAAUACUAAAUUUCUACAUCUUUAAAGAGCUCUUCUUCGCUGCAAGAGCAGCAGGAUAUAGUUAUAUCUGCCAGACUGUCAGCUACACAGAUGAUGUCAAUGAAGUACGGAUAGCGUCGGCCUUGUGGUGGUAUUAUGUUUCAAAGGGGAUUGAAUACUUGGACACAGUAUUUUUUAUAUUGAGAAAGAAAUUUAACCAGGUCAGCUUUCUGCACGUAUAUCAUCACUUCACGAUGUUUACCCUCUGGUGGAUCGGAAUCAAAUGGGUAGCAGGAGGGCAAUCUUUUUUUGGAGCUCAUAUGAAUGCCGUUAUCCAUAUCGUUAUGUAUCUAUACUACGGAUUAGCAGCUUGUGGUCCACAGUUCCAAAAAUAUCUCUGGUGGAAACGAUAUUUGACCAUCCUGCAACUGGUGCAGUUUCAUGUUACGAUAGGCCACACUGCUUAUUCCUUGUACAUUGAUUGCCCUUUCCCAAGAUGGAUGCACUGGGCACUGAUAGCUUACGCCAUUUCCUUCAUAAUCCUCUUCGCCAACUUUUAUUACCAGACAUACAGGGAGCCAAAGAAAGAGCUUGUAAGGAAUGGAAAAGUAGUUGUGAACGACAGUGGAAUGGUUAAUGGAAUAAUCAAAUCAGAAAACAAGCUGAUAGUAGAAAAUGGGAAAAAGAAGAAGAAAGGAAAAGCUAAGCGUGAAUAAGAUACAUGGGCGAGGUGAAAAACAAAGGGUUGUGUUUUAAAGCCAAAUAUCGAGUCAGCAAAAGAUGACUGCAUGUGUUUCAGCUGGCUUUCAACUGAUCUGUUGUAUCCUUUGCCAUCUUUGUAACUUAUUGUAUUUGCUUUGUAAAUGAAAUUUGUGAUCAAUACAAUAGUAUUGACAUGAUGAUAGACAAGAAAAUACACCGGUAAAUAAAUUGCACUGAAUAGGUUUUAUGAAAGAGAAAUCUGGUCUUUUACCCUUUUUCAAAUCCAUAUUUUAGUUUUUUUUAUAUUUAGUUAUGUUUCCUGUUUUUUGUUUCUGUGAAUCCUUGCUAAAAAGCUUUUACUUUACCACUACCUCAGUUUUAAUGUUGCUUUUGUUUUAGUUCAAUUUUCUACCAUAUACACAUAGGUGAAUCCCAUGUUAACAGUCCAGGGGUCUACAAGUCCAAAGCUAGUUUUGGUUGCAGGUUAUCAGCUCUCAGUUAUAGAAAUGUGGUAGAAAUAGCUUGUGUUCUUUGUACUGAAGGUCCUAAGAUUAAAAAGUAGAAUGACAAUUAUAAUCAUUGUCUGGAUCCAUAUAAACAAAUCAGUACUGUUUGGGAUACGUUAAAAUUUUAACUUGAGUCCAGAACAGGUCUCAAAUCUGAGGUUUAUGAUAUGCAACAAGGGUCAUAAUUCUAUUUUUAAUUGAUUUUAUGCAAUACAAAUUUGUACAAUAAUGCAUGUAUUUCAACAUGCCCUCUACCCAUCCUGACUCACUUUUCUUCCAAGCUUUUAAGUGACUCCUAGUGUACUGUCUUCUGAGUGGCAGUUGUAUUCUACCCACUGCAGUAUUAUUUUUGCAUGAGCCUAAGCAAUAAAUAUUAGCGGCCUAUUUGACCUACUGAGGGGGAUUUGGAAUCAACAGUAAGGCUUGCUUUGAUCCAUAUACAUGCAUUCUGCACCAGCCCUUGUUGAAAUUGCUCUUUAAAAGGAACCCUGAUUGAUUUUCCCUCCCUAACAUGCCUAAAGCCAAGUGAAAUCUUCUGGCUGCAAAUGCUGUGGCUGAGUUUAGUCAAUUCUGCAUAAACCAGGAACUUUUCAUAUAAUGGCUUCGUAUCAACUCACAUUAAAUCACUGAACCACUGGGACAGCCUGUGAAUGUAACUUUAUAAUGGGGAUAAUAAAACCACACUGCAAUUUAUAUUGAGAAUAAGAAUUGAAUUAGUCCUUUUUAGUGUAUGAGGAUCUGCAAUGAAUUGUGCACUGCUGUUAUGGUAGCUACCUGUACACCCAGCAAUUUAUACCAGACUGGAGUGAAUGCUUUAAAUGGAGAGUGUUUCAAAAAAGCUUGGAAUACUAGAAAUGUACACAUGUAUGACAAUGGCAACAAAAUGGUUACAAAAUCACACCCAUUGGCAUCAGCUUUUCAAAACCUAGAUUUUUUUUAACAUCCGCAGAAAAGCAUUUCUAAGUUAGAUUUAAACAUUUUAAACAAUUAACUUUCACUAUUUUUGUACUGACAAUCAUCAAGUUUAGACACUGACACCAAUAUACAGAGAAGCUAAAUAAAAGUUGUACUUUCUGUACACACUUUCUGUAACAAAUUUGCAUUAUAAAAUCCUUCAAAGAUGGUAAAAGAUUUGUAUGUCUUAAGAGAUGUAAAGAUAUAUAGCGCAAGUUGGGACAAAUUGUAACAAUUAUGAGUCAAGUUGACUGCACAGACUUAUUUCUCACAGGCUGAGAGUCGAGUCAAACUGAUCAAUCCUUAUUCAGGGAAGAAUAAUCUAGUUUCAAAUAAAGUUUUCCUUUUUUUUGGAUUGAUUUGCUGCUUGACAGUGCUAGCACAUUGAUGCUGCAAACCUUCCUUUGUGUACAGCAAAAUACUCUCAACAGAAGAGCUUACAAAUACAUCGCGUACAGUACAAAAAAGAACUCCCAUUCUUUGCAAUGAUCACAACGAAUAAGGUGUUUGUAUAUGCUGAUUUGGUUUUUAAGUCCCUUUUCUGACUAGGUCUUUUUUUUUCAUAUAUUUAUUUGUCCUUCUCUCACACGUUCCAAACUUUUAUAAAUAAAGUCCAUUAAGGUGGUUUUGCAUAUUAAUUUCUAAUUUGUUUUAUAUUUGAGGUAGCACAGUGGCUCAGUGGUUAGCACUGCUGCCUCAUAGUACCAGGGAUCCGGGU